AUGUAUAUCUUUUUGCACCACUUUGAGCCCAUAAGUUCUCAGGAGGUAGAUGACAGGUUCCUUCCAGGUAUCCUCAUAGCCAUGACAUGGGGUGUAGUGUGGUCCUAUACAGGCGAUGAAGUUCUUCCUAACGGAAAACUAUUUGGAAUGGUAAUCAUUUUUCUUUGUUCCUUUGUUGGUGGCAAGAUUGUGGAAUUAAUUAAGAUACCUAUGGUGCCUCCUCUGCCUCCUCUUCUUGGGAUGUUGCUUGCUGGUUUUACCCUCAGAAACCUUCCAGUUAUCAAUACUUAUAUAAAUAUUAUUCCAACCGGCUCUUCCUAUUUGAGAAAUACUGCCCUUACCAUUAUCUUGGUACGAGCUGGGCUUGGGCUUGAUCCAGAGGCACUGAAGAAAUUAAAGGGAGUUUGUUUAAGACUAUCCAUGGGUCCAUGUUUUUUAGAGGCAUGUGCAGCUGCUGUUGUUUCUCACUUUACUUUGCGCUUUCCAUGGCAUUGGGGAUUUCUCUUAGGUUUUGUCCUAGGUGCAGUUUCCCCUGCUGUUGUUGUCCCCUCAAUGCUGAUGCUGCAAGAUAAAGGAUAUGGCGUCAAAAAGGGGAUCCCCACCUUGCUGAUCGCUGCCAGCAGCUUUGAUGAUAUUCUGGCUAUCACUGGCUUCAAUACAUUCUUAAACAUAACAUUCUCUAAAGGUCCUGUAUAUAAGACUGUCCUCAAGGGUUUAUGUGAGACAUUAGCUGGUAUGCUGAUAGGAGCUGCUAUGGGAUUUUUUUGUCGCUACUUCCCAAGUAAAGAUCAGAAAGGACGUCACUGGCAGAGAGCAUGCCUCAUUUUGGGUUUAUCUAUUUUGGCUGUCAUAGGCAGCGAUCGUUUGGGUUUUCAUGGAGCUGGAGGACUAACUGCAAUAGUGAUGACUGCUAUUUCAGGAGCAAAGUGGUCCAAAGAAAAGGAAAAAGUGCAAAAAAUAGUUGCAAAAACAUGGGCAGUUUUUCAACCACUUCUUUUUGGCCUGGUUGGAGCCGAGGUGUCUGUUCAAACUCUUGAAUCAAAUAUAAUUGGCACCUGUGUUGCCACAUUGAGCAUGGCAUUAAUGGUUCGAAUUUUGGCCACAUACAUCUUGGUGUCUUUUGCUGGUUUUUCAAUUAAGGAAAAAAUAUUUGUUGCCCUUUCAUGGAUACCCAAAGCCACUGUUCAGGCUGUAUUAGGACCUCUGGCUUUAGAAACAACAAGAAGUAUGAACACACCUCACUUGGAAGCCUACGCAAAGACUGUGAUGACUAUGGCCUUUCUGGGAAUCCUGAUCACAGCUCCAAAUGGGGCUCUCCUCAUUGGCUUAUUAGGGCCCAAUGUGCUUUCAUUUGAUGGGAUUGAAAAUGAUAGUACUUCUUCGACAUAG